GAUAUGUGUGUUAGUUAAGGACACUGGUUGCUUGAGGAUUCUUGCUGUCUCUGCUGAAUUUGAACUCCUUCAGAUAAUACAGAUGUUUCAGCUACGAAUUGUAAAAGGGGGCUUCAGCUUCCUGGGGGUCAGACGGAUAGUUGUGCUAAAUGCUGCUCAUCAAAGCACUCAACACAAGGACUACAAGCCCAUCAAGAAAGUGAUGGUAGCUAACAGAGGUGAGAUAGCGACCAGAGUGUUUCGAGCUUGCACGGAGCUCGGGAUCCGCACUGUGGCUGUUUACUCGGAACAGGACACUGGGCAGAUGCACAGGCAGAAGGCCGACGAAGCCUACUUGAUCGGAAAGGGUCUCCCCCCUGUCCAGGCUUACCUGCACAUUCCUGACAUCAUCAAAGUAGCCAAGGAAAAUGAAGUGGAUGCCAUUCACCCGGGCUACGGAUUCUUGUCAGAGAGAGCGGACUUUGCACAGGCAUGUGUAGAUGCAGGAGUACGCUUCAUUGGACCCAGCCCAGAAGUGGUGCGGAGAAUGGGCGACAAAGUGGAGGCACGCACCAUUGCUAUCGAUGCCGGUGUUCCUGUUGUGCCAGGCACUGCAACGCCUAUUACAUCGCUGGCAGAGGCCCAAGAAUUUGCUAACAGUUAUGGCUACCCGAUCAUCUUUAAAGCUGCUUACGGAGGCGGUGGCAGAGGAAUGAGAGUGGUCCGCAACUAUGAGAUUUCUGUUGAUGACACUGGUGGUUAG